AAAAUGGUCGGGUUGCUCUUUCUCCCUCCCAUAGUCACUCCUGGCAGUGCCACGUGUCAGCAACACACGCUGACACGCCAUCACCAAACAGCAUUGCGUGUCAGAGCUCCCAUAAGCCUCUCUCCUCCCCAACGCAGUUGGCGGUUAGGCAGACAGCCUCGGUUAGGCGGACAGGCUCGGCAAGCUGCUUCGGCACGUCCCAGACGAACCAACCCGUGGGUCGCGGCGAGGCACGACUUUAUCUCCGAUGCGCGUCAAAAUCGAUGCCACGUCAGUCAGGCGUCACCCGCAAGGGGCCGCGUUUCCGCCGCCGCGUCUUCCGGAGGCGAUACCGAGGCUGCUGCCGAGCCGCCAUCCCUGCCGAGCGACAUUCCGUCCUUAAAGGCCGCGCUUUACUCUGGUCUAGAAGGCCGGAACCGGGGUAUCUUCGGCAUGCCAUCCGCCAAGCGGGCAGAGCUGCACGCUAUUAUAGAGCGGCUGGAGGAAUUGAACCCACGACCUGCUCCCACGGAGCACAUAGACGAGAUCACCGGUCACUGGCGCCUUCUCUACAGCACCAUCGCCAUCCUCGGCUCCAAGCGCACCAAGCUGGGGCUGAGGGACUUCAUCUCCCUGGGGGACUUCCUGCAGAUAGUCGAUAAAGAGACGAGGCGAGCAGCCAACGUGGUUGAGUUCUCAGUGCGGGGAUUGGGCCUGCUGUCAGGCAAGCUCACCAUUGAAGCCACGUACACUGUGUCCUCUCCAACUCGUGUGGACAUCAGAUUCGAGAGCUCCAGUAUUGUGCCAGAUCAGCUGAGCAAGCUGUUUGAGAAGAACUACGAUCUGCUGCUGCAAGUAUUCAACCCGGACGGAUGGCUCGAGAUAACCUAUGUGGACGACACUGUACGAAUCGGGCGUGACAAUAAGGGGAAUAUAUUUGUGGUGGAAAGGCAGGUGUCGCAACAAUAGGCUGGCAGUAAUCCGGCAUUUUCCAAAGCACAAAAUUGGGACAGGUCAGGCUAAUGGAGAA